AUGGCGGCUACUUGCACGAGGCUAUGGACUUGCUCCCGCUGCUUCCAGAUGCAGCGGCGAUCGCAGGUCCGGUGUAGAACUACAGCUCGCCCCACUGCACGAUACCUAUCGUCUACCCCACCGCGAGCAGAGGAGAAGCCAACCGAAAGGGAUGCACCAACUCCGACGCAAGAGGAGGAGCAGGGAGCUAUGUCUCGUCGACUUUCCGCGAUGGUAGAGGAAUCGAUAGACACGGGCAGCAAAUCUGACCGUCGCACGAUGCAGUCCGCGUCCAACACUUUCUCAGAACAGCUCAAAGCUCAGCUCGAGGCUCGAAUAGCGGAGUCAUCGUUCAGAACAGAGAAUCAACUGGCGCAUACCGAGGCUAAUCUGCCAACUUAUGCUGGUAAGGGCACCUCAUCCACCGCCACCGCGCCGCAUUGGACUGGAUCCGAGCCAGUCGAAGACGCAGCCUUACGAAUGCUUGACGAUGCGCACAAGAAAUUGCGCUCUUCUCCACGUCCACCACGAGUACCUCAGAACGUCAAUCUGCGCCCACAGCCAAAGGCAAAAGUCUCCCAAGGUGCCCGGCUCGCCACCGCCAGAGACAAGACUUCUAUCUACGCGUUCUCUCAGCAAGAGGACAUGUCGGAGGAAGAGCGUGAAAGGUUUCGCAAGGAGCUCAAGGAUCGUUUCUCACCUGGCGUACGUCCAAUGCCUCAGACGUUGCAGGGUUUGACAUCUUUAGCGAACGAGCGCAUUGAGGAUGCCAUUGCGCGCGGGCAAUUCAAGAAUAUCAAGCGGGGCAAGGACGUCAAUACACAACGCGACUACAAUGCCAACAGCCCCUUCCUCGAUACUACCGAAUACUUCAUGAACAAGAUCAUUCAGAAGCAGGAAAUCGUACCACCAUGGAUUGAGAAACAGCAAGAGCUCGCCAAGCUAGUGGAUUCGUUUCGCAAGCGCUUGCGGAGCGACUGGCGCAGACAUGCCGCACGUAUGAUUGCUAGCGAGGGUGGAAGUCUGGAGCAGCAGGUCACACGAGCCAGGGGGUAUGCACUGGCGGAAGACAUCGUCAAUCCGCGGUCCACAGAAAGGCAGAAGAUGACGGGAAUCAGCAGCGACGGCAACCUCGUCAAUCUCACCGUCGAGGACCGCAUCGCCGCGGGCAUCCAAGCCGAGAAACCGGAACCAAAAGUGAAGGUAGAGCUUAAAAUCGAAAGGGAGCUCGAGGACGAGAUGCAGACCGUGGCCUCCAUUUCUGCUGCCACCUCCCCAACUCCAUCCAAUGUCGCCACGACUGCCGUAUCCGAGCACACUCCCAUCCCCAACGAAACACCCUCUCCCAGCUCGGAUUCCCCAGCACCGGCAUCCUCGCCACCCCACCAACCAACCCGCGUCCUCCCAACCGCCCACCCGUUCCGCGACCCCGCAUGGCAGCGCACCGAACACGCCUACCACACGCUCGCCAUCGACGAAAUCAACUCCUUCACCCGCUCCUACAAUCUCAUGGCGCCCAAGAUCGCACAAAAGCCCUACACGAACCUGGAGCGCGAGCUGAAGCGCUGCUUCGCGACCGUGGCGCCGCAGCUCGCGGACGAGAUCGUCGAGCGCGCCCGUCGGCCCACGGUCAAAGGCUUUGGCGCCAAGGCUGAUGGUGGGGGCAAAGGGGUGUUGGAGCGCGUGGUCGGCAGCGGCGCGAGGGAGUGGAGUGGGCACGAGGGUGUCAUUAGGGAUGAGGGGGUCGAGAAGGGGUAUGGGUUCAAGCAGCUGUGGAGGGAUUUGUUUGGGGGUCAGGGGAGGAGGAAGGGGAAGAAGGAGAGGGAGGCUGCUUGA